AAAGGCUACAGGAGCUGGGGAUCUGCAGAGACUGGAAGCAAUGUCGUGCAAAGUAUAAAAACCUGAAAUAUGAAUAUAGGACAGUUAAAUAUGCCCACAACUCAGGAGAUGCUACAAAGACCAUGAAGUUUUUUCACGAAUUGGAUGCCAUAUUGCAACAUGAACCUGUCACACAGUUAACAGAGGAAGAAGACGGCAGGUGUUCAGCAAAUGACAUCAUAAAUGGCACCAGGGAGAACAAUGAAGGUGAAGUUGCAGUUACACUGGAAGAGGAGGAAGACCCCCCUGCAAAUCCACUACUUUUUAUGUCCCACUGCAGGCCCAUUCAACUAGGUAACACAUAUCUGAGUCUCUCCCCUAUUCUGCCUGAUGCAGGUAACCCAACCCCAAUACUAGAUGCGACCAGAAGUCUGCCAUACAUUCCAUCUGUAGCAAAUGAAGGAGGAAAACACUGGACUAUUAAUGAAGUUAGAGCUCUAAUACGUGUCUGGUCAGAUAAAAGCAUCCAGCAACAACUCGAGGGAACAGUGAGAAACAAAAGAAUAUUUGAACAUGUUGCUGCUAGACUCCAAAAAUUUGGAAUCGACAGGGACUGGAAGCAGUGCAGGACAAAAUACAAAAAUCUAAAGCAUGAAUAUAAGAGUGUAAAAAAUGCCCAAUAUUCAGGCAACACAAGCAAAAGUAUGAAGUUUUUCAGAGAGCUGGAUGCUAUUCUGGGCCACAGCAAUGCAGAUAAAACAAGCAGAUCGGAUAAUGACGACAGCGAGAAGCCUGCAGAAUGGGCAGAAACUAAAACAGAAAAGAAUUUCAGAGAAUUACAUGGAGACACAGGUGCGGAAGAUUCUGUUAGUGGUAUGUCAGGAGAUCUGCAGCUCACAGACACAAGGAAAGUGAAAGACCCAGUGCUCCACAGCGCAGUAGACCGAACUAAUUAUCUAAAUGGAGAUUUGGAAGAGCCCAUUACCACACAUGUGAAGGAAGACAUAAAAGAAGAAGUUACUGACUUAGAAAUCCCAGAAGACGACGAUUCCACCCACAGUACUCCCGAAGGUACAGAGAUCACACACAUAAAGCAAGAGCCGAUUGACGUGGAUGAUGAUUCUAUCAGUACAACCUCAGAGGACGCACCUGGGUUUUCAAUGUGUAAACAGAUAACAGGGGCAGACCAUCAAAUGUCCUUAAAUGAAGCACAGAAUCACUUUAGAGUUAUUACAAUUACUGACACAGGAGCAGGAAAACACUGGUGUGACAAUGAAGUCAAAGCUCUGAUAAAUAUUUGGUCCGAUGAGGAGAUACAGCAAAUGCUUGAAGGAGCAACAAGGAAUAAAGAAAUAUUUGAGGAGAUUGCCAGAAGGCUAAUGAAGGUUGGAAUAGACAGAGACUGGAAGCAGUGCCGCACAAAAUACAAAAACUUAAAAUAUGAAUAUCGUGCGUUGCAAAAAGAAAAUGAUCAGGUUGGCAAUGCAAAAAAGAGGAUGAGGUUUUAUGAUGAAAUCAACUGCAUUUUGAGAAGUCAGCCCUCAGAGACAGCUGCAGAAGUUACCACAGACACAGCCCCACUGAGCGUCAAAAGAAAAGCCUCUCAAGAUGAACCCUCACCCAUUCAGUUUAAGAAAAGUGUUUCUGAUAACUUAACCAUCCAGUCGCAAAGUGUGUCUGACAGCAUGCAUACUGUAAUCAAGAGCCGAAGGAUGCUUCUAGAGAGAUUUUACAAGCAGGAAGAAAUGCAAGAUACCAGCAGAACACAGAUGAAUAGCAGCAUCCCUGCAGUGCAACAGGCGUCCCAGGCGGUCUGUGCGAUGCCUCCCAUACGCUCAGAACUUAAACUUGGCAAAAAAAUAAAUGAGGGAAAAACAAAAGAAGUCUAUGAAUUGCCAAAUCUCCCGGGAUGUGUUCUGCUUCAAUCGAAAGACCAGAUAACAGCCGGAAAUGCAGCUAGAAAGGAUCUCAUGGAAGGGAAGGCAGCAAUCUCAAAUACAACAACAAGCUGUGUGUUUCAGUUGCUGCAGGAGGCUGGAAUUAAAACUGCUUUUGUGAGGAAACAUAGUGACACGGCAUUCAUCGCUGCUCACUGUGAAAUGAUUCCAAUUGAAUGGGUUUGCAGAAGAAUUGCUACAGGUUCUUUCCUGAAGAGAAACCCUGGCGUUGAGGAAGGCUACCGCUUUAACCCACCUAAGAUUGAGAUGUUUUAUAAGGAUGAUGCAGCCAAUGAUCCACAGUGGUCUGAAGAGCAACUCAUUGAAGUUAAGUUCAAGUUUGCCGGCCUUGAAAUUGGGCAGACUGAAGUUGACAUUAUGGCCCAGUCUACUCGAGCCAUUUUUGAAAUACUUGAAAAAGCAUGGCAGCCCCUGAACUGUACUUUAGUGGACAUGAAGGUUGAGUUUGGUGUGAAUGUAGCCACAAAAGAGAUUGUUCUUGCUGAUGUCAUUGAUAAUGAUUCUUGGCGAUUGUGGCCAUCUGGAGACAGAAAACAGCAGAAAGACAAGCAGUCUUACCGCGACCUCAAAGAAGUGACUCCUGAAGCUCUGCAGAUGGUGAAGAGGAACUUUGAAUGGGUGGCUGAAAGAGUGGAGCUUUUGUUGAAACCACAGAGCCAAGGCAGAGUGGUUGUGCUAAUGGGAUCCACUUCAGAUCUUGCCCACUGCGAAAAAAUAAAAAAGGCUUGUGGAAACUUUGGCAUUCCUUGUGAAUUACGAGUGACCUCUGCUCACAAAGGACCAGAUGAGACACUUAGGAUCAAAGCUGAAUAUGAAGGUGAUGGAAUUCCUACAGUGUUUGUAGCAGUAGCUGGCAGAAGCAAUGGUCUGGGACCCGUGAUGUCUGGAAACACAGCAUAUCCUGUUGUAAACUGUCCUCCACUCUCGGCCGACUGGGGUGCUCAGGAUAUAUGGUCAUCUCUGAGGUUGCCCAGUGGUCUUGGCUGUUCCACAAUUCUUUUACCCGAAGGUGCUGCCCAGUUUGCUGCUCAGAUAUUUGGGCUGAAUAACCACUUUGUGUGGGCCAAGUUGCGCUCAAGUAUGUUGAAUACAUGGAUCUCGCUCAAGCAGGCUGACAAAAAGAUGAGAGAGUGCAAUUUAUAAACCACUUAUUCGUUCUGUGUUCUGCCAGCUAUCAGAAUCUGGCAUACCAUUUCUAACUCAAGAACACACUCACCAGUUCUGUCAUAAACAGAUGAGUCUGCAGGUUCCAAGCACAUAAGGUUAUUCUUUGGUUUUCUGAAAGCUGUAGAACUUCACAAAUGUUACAAGUAUUAUGGAGUAGUUUUUAACUGAACCAUCUUAAUAGCUUAUUAAACAGAGCUAGUUACCUGUAUUGAUUUGUAAUCCUGAACAGAAUGUUAAUUCUCAAAGUUUCUAUUGAACAGCUAGCAAUAACAGCAACUGUCUUAACCUAGAUUCUAAUUAAGAACCUGUUCAACAUGCAACAAUGUUGCAGAGGAAAGGCUAGCCAUUAUUUCAAGAGAUAGUAUUGUGAAGUCUGUAUUCAGAGGGAAAGUGUUUACCAAAUAGGAAUAAAAGAAGCUUUCACUAGUGUAUUUUUUUAAAUCAUACAGUAGUGUAAAUCAAGUAGGAAAGCAGUUGUUAGCUGUUCAGUAUCACACAUCUCUCAAAUCUCUCUAGAAUCUGCCUGCUUCUUAGAGGGUUAUGAAUACACUGUCCACCUGGCAAUGGCUUCCUUGGAAAAGUGCUUGGGACAAGGGUAGCCAAUGUUGAACCCUGCAGAUGUUUUCGAUCAGAGCUCCCAUGAGCCUCGGCCAGCCUGGCUAAUUAUCAGGGAUGGCAGCUGUAGUUCACAACAUCUGGAAUGCACCAGUUUGGCUAUGCCUGGAUUAGAAAAUAUAUACUUAUGUAUGUUGGGCUUCUGAGGGAAAGAGAUUGGCCUUUGGUCAAAAACAAGAUAUUCAGAUAUGCCUUUGCUGUCCUAUUGACUGUAGGGACCAAGGCUUGGCAAAUAGACUAACAAAACCCAGAAUGCAACUGAAAGCCUGAAGAGUGAGGAAGAUUGCUUGCAGCUCUCACCAGCUUAUACUGUGAACACCCUUAUAUUCCACACCCUGAACCAUCCUUGUCCUUGUGCACAAGCCGAGAGGUACUAGGGAGAGAUGGGGAGGCCAUAGGUAAGGAAGACUGAGCUGGCAACACCUGAGGUGGCUGUGAUGCAGCCUGCAACAGCUCAGGGGAAAUAGAACCCAGUAGGGCCUCUUGGUUGGGAGCAAGCUGCAGAGACUAUUGGUGCAGGAGGAGGAAUUUGCUUGGGCAAAGGAGCAGGAACAGCAGAGAAGCUACUAAAUUCAUCGGAAGUCCGAAGAGUCAAAAUGAUGCAUUACCUCAGGUCUCAUGGUAGCAUCCUCCUUUAACAAAACCUAAGACACUUCCUGUCCCCAGUAGGGUGGUGGAGGGACUUUGAAGUCACGGGAACAGUGCAGACAUAAUAGGCCCACCUGGAGGAAGGGUUCAGUGCUGACUGGUUUGGUCUGCUCAAACAUCAGGGCUGCCUUGUUUUUAAUCUUCUCAGCCUCAACAGAAGAAUCAUAUAACCAGGGACCUUAAACUUUAAAACAUGCUUUUAAAGGCUUGGGUGCUAUGGGUGGAGAGUCCAGAGCAAUAGACCCAACAA